AUGAGCCUGACGAUUCCUGUUGUCCUUUUAUCCGUCAUCUCGAUUGAGCGCUAUCUGGCAAUCCUCUAUCCUCUAAAAACGAAGCAGCUUUUCACUUUCCGCCGGCUGCGGCUCACCCAGGCCCUGAUUUGGCUUUUUCUGGCCGCUUACAACUCCCCGCAGCUUAUUGUCCACGAUACAUUCACUCUCGGUGACAAGACCUUCUGUUACAUGCGAUCCGACAACAUCAACACAAACGCAUACGUUCUCGCGAAUCUCAUCGUCUGGUACAUUCUACCUCUCUUUGUCCUCAGCUUCAUGUACUGUAAGAUUGCCGCGGUCCUUUGGCGUAGCAGCAGCACGCAGAAUUUUGCACUUCAAAUGAAAAGGCCCGAAGAGAGCGCCCGUCAUACCAAUAUGGACGCUGAAACCGCGUCAAGGACUUCCGGCAUUGAACGGCCAGAGAAGCCCGGCGCUCCUGCAGUACAUGUAUCGAAAAAAAACAAAUGUAUAAGAAUGUUAAGUGUACAGAAGCCUGGCGGUUAUAGCGGUGUGAUUCGGCUUCAAAACACCAGCAUUGUUGUUUCGCGCGAGGAGACAGAAAACGACUCCAUGUCGGAGUAUUCAGACGCCGAAAGCAACUCGGAAGUUUACAUGAACGAAUGCGGGGUAUGUGGCAGCUGGUGUCAAGAAACGGAGGGAGAGCCGCAUAUCGGAGCCAUGAACGUCGGCGACCAAUCCAAACCGUCGAGUUCAUCGUCUAAACCGUGGAGUAACGUCAGAAGCGGGUUGGGCAGGAAAGUAAAAGAAACUGAAAACGGCGAACGUAACAACAUAGAAGCCGUGACCAGCAGCGGACGCCAUUUUUAUUUUCGUAAUAAACCGCUGGUCAACACCCAAAAAGUGAUGCAGGCUCGGAGAAAAGUUAUCCGGCUUCUCCUGAUUAUUAUUGGUACGUUUGCGGUGUUGACGUUACCUUAUCACAUAAGGGCGUGUGUUUAUUUGUGGACAGACACGAAAAACAUUGGCAGCCUUCUUUCUCCGAUUUGCUAUUUACUAUACUACAUGAACAGCGGACUCAAUCCUUUCCUGUACGCAUUCUUCUCGGAUAAUUUCAGGAAAAGUUUGAAAGAUUCAUUCAAGUGUUUGUUUCGGAAAUGA